UAGGUUGUGAAUGUGUGUUGUCCAAUAGAGUCGCUUAGAAGGCGGGGCUUAAGAGUAGCGUCUGGGCCUCCGCAUGUCGGCGCAAAGCGGAUUGUUUGCUGUCAACAUGGAGUUCUUACUCGGAAAUCCUUACAGCACUCCAGUGGGCCAAUGCAUAGAGAGAGCCACUGAAGGUGGCCUCCAGAAUGAAGACUGGGCCCUCAAUAUGGAGAUCUGUGACAUCAUAAACGAGACGGAUGAGGGGCCAAAAGACGCCAUGCGAGCGCUGAGGAAACGACUCGGCGGCAACAAGAAUUACCGAGAAGUCUUGCUGGCGCUGACGGUCGUGGAGACGUGCGUGAAGAACUGCGGCCACAGGUUUCACCUGCAGGUGGCCAGCCGAGAUUUCAUCGAUGGCGUUUUGGUGAAAAUCAUCUCGCCGAAGGCCAAUCCUCCGACCAUCGUGCAAGACAAAGUGUUGUCGCUGAUACAGGCCUGGGCCGACGCCUUCCGGAGUAGUCCUGAUCUUACCGGGGUGGUCCACAUUUAUGAAGAACUGAAGCGGAAGGGCACGGAGUUCCCCAUGGCCGAUUUGGACGCACUGUCGCCCAUCCACACGCCGCAGCGGGGCACGCCGGAGGUGGACCCGGCCAUCAUCAAGUACCUGGCACCUGCAAGCACCGCCACCGACCUAGCCGCCAGGCAAGGGUCUCCACACGACCCCAUCACGGCGACCCCCCAACAGGUGGCGCGCUUACGUAGCGAGUUGGACAUAGUGAGAGGCAACAUCAAAGUCUUGUCGGAGAUGCUGACGGAGAUGGUCCCUGGCCAGGAAGAUGGACCCGAUCUAGAACUGCUUCAGGAGCUGCACAGGACAUGCAGAGCCAUGCAGCAAAGAGUCGUUGAACUCAUCUCACGCGUGUCCAACGAGGAAGUGACCGAGGAGCUGCUGCACGUCAACGACGACCUCAACAACAUCUUCAUCCGAUACGAGAGGUAUGAGCGCUGCAGGUCGGGGAGGGGCGCUAACAACAAAGGGAUUUUGGGUGAGGAGACAGAUGACAACCUGAUCGACUUGGGUCCCGGCUCUCCGGCUGUGGUGACCCCCCGAGCGGCGUCCAGCCCGCCUCCCCGCGGCACAACAGGGGCCGCUGCCUCACCGGUCCAGAACCCCGCUGUGGGCUCACUGUCUUCCGCGCUGGGCGGCCUCGAUGUCAGUCCUGCAAGUCCACCAAGCCGCAACCGGGACGACUUUGACAUGUUUGCCCAGACUCGCAGCAGCUCGCUGGCUGAGCAGCGCAAAAAUGUCAAGUACGAAGACCCCCGGGCUGUGGGUGGUCUGGCCUCGGCUCUGGAUGUUAGAGAGCACAACGCGGGAGGGCUGAGGGUAGAAGGAUACGCUGGUACCCCAGCAGAUCAGGAGCUGCCCAUAGACAGCUGGCUUAUUACCCAAGGAAUGAUCCCUGUAUCGCAGUCCUCUGUCAUGGAUGACAUAGAGGAGUGGCUCAGUGCUGACGUGAAAGGCGAUCUGGAUGAAGGCGUAACCAGUGAAGAGUUUGAUAAGUUCCUGGAGGAGCGAGCAAAGGCAUCAGACACGUCUCCCCCCGGGGAUAACCCCGCUCACCCAGCCCUCCCCGCUCCCGUCGCCUCGCACAAGAAAGCAGAACGCACAGAGGACGCCCUCUUUGCCUUGUAGACUCGCAUCCGAGUGUCUCGGCGGCUCCCUCGGCGCCCUCUGAAGGUCGGCGCUUGGAACAAUUCCCUUGAACGCGGUCCUCCGGUAACAUUUCAUCGUCUUGCCACUUGUUACAGCAUUGCUGGAACUUCCACAGGUGUGCAGGUCGUGUCAUAGCAUCGCUGGAUGUAUUUGAUCGUCAAUGUGGGAUGCGUUGACGCUUUCGUCAUUUCAAGAUGCGUUUAAGUGGAGGGAAUAAUCCCGCUCACAAAUCUUCAUUAAGCCGCUACAUAACUAACGCAAGUGUUGGUGUCCAAGUAUUGUAAUGCUUUGAAGGAGUUGGACAGGAGAGCAAAGAAAAGAUUAAUGUGCAGUACCUUGCUUCUGCAGCUGUGUGUGAAAACGAGAAGAUGAAUAAGCGCAUUCUCUCGUUUUAACAAGCUGUGUCUGUCAGCAACCGUUUAACCAAAGGGAAGAAAAACAACCCAAAUAGUGUACAAAGGUUUCCUGUUUUAGGAAUGAUUCCAUAAAAGCCAAGUGUUUGAUUUCAACUAAUCUUGCGUCACAACAAGCAGCAGAAGUUUGGAUGUUAUGGAAAUCUAAAUGGAAGAAUACUACUACAUUAUACGCACGUGGAGAUCGAGCUAUAUUUAAUCUCUGGAAUUAUUCCAAAUUGACUAUUUUGUCCCACCCUGGCAGUAAUUAGGCCAACUUUAAUUAUACUCCCUAAAAAAUAGUAAACUUGCAGCGUAUUAACGUACACGUUGAAGCAAAACAAAACAAUCUGUGUUUUUUUUGGUGUUUUUUAGGGAAAAGGGAACAAGGGAACAAAAAAAAAGAAAGAAAAUUCGCAAGAAUACAAAUGGGUUGAAAUGAGGUGUUGAAACUGCUGGGACUGCACCAAACUAUUGGAUUCGAUUACCUACUGGACAAUUACGACAAACAAAUGGCAUUAUUAAGGAUACCGUAAUUUUCGGACUAUAAGUCGCGUUUUUUUUUUCAUAGUUUGGGUGGGGGGGCGACUUAUAUACAUAUAUGUUUUUUUUUUCACUUUUUUGGGCAUUUUAUGGCUGGUGCGACUUAUACUCCGGUGCGACUUAUAGUCCGAAAAUUACGGUAUAUCGUUGGCUAUAUUGUGUAAUAUACCUCAAACAAACAAAAAGCCAAUGUAAUGACUUUUAAUCGUACUAUGCAAAGGGAAGCGCGUUAUUUCUUGCCCUGGCAGUGUAGAUAUGUUUUAACAGUUUUAAGAACCUUUUUGUUGUUUUGUUGUUAAUGUCAGUAUAAUUGCUAGUUACGUAUUUUUUCCACAUCAGACUGUAAUAUGUCUUAUAUAAUAUUGGGUCGAUGGUACGGCUCGGGAUCCAAGAGCCCAAAAAUCCAUCCUAUCUUAAACUCCAGCACUUUUAACCUCUUGGUUUGUACUAAUUUGCUUUGCAUGUCUAAUUUAUAUAUUUUUGUUUUUGUUUGGUUUUCACUUUAAGAGUAAGACCAAAACCCGUGUAAAUCGUGCAGUAUUGUUGUCAGAAUGAUGUACUGAAUUUGUUACCCAUCUAAAAAUGCAUUGAAAUAUAUAUUUGCCUACAUAAUCUGCAUAACUGCCGAGGAUUAGGCAGAACUAAAUUGGCGGAAGAGAUUUAACAGGCAGUCAUUGCACAAACUGUUAUCAUACCGGCUAAACCGAUGUGGCCUAACGUCGCUGAAUGUCGUGUUUAUGGAUUCCAGAACCUUUUGAAAAGGUUUCAUGAAGCUUACACGAUAAUUGCAGCAUGGACUCUUCCAAAUUCCGGUUUUGUUAUUAACAUGCUAGUGUACACGUUUAGCAUCAGUGGAUGUUCCGUGUCUGUUUGGGCUCUACCAUCUGCCGUCAUCCUGACUGGUGUGUCUCUGUGUGACUUAAUGCACGUAUGUAACUGCCCAAUAAAACACUUGAGACUGCUACCUCA